AUGUUGAAGAGGACGAAAGGGAAGGGCUUGAUGAAGACACGAUUUAAUGGUUUUAUUGCUUCACGAUUGAUGUUGAAGAGGACGAAAGGGAAGGGCUUGAUGAAGACACGAUUUAGCCUAAAGACCGUUACUAAUGACAAAUCGAUGCCAUGGAACCUUAAACUAAGUGUGCUAGAAUAUGGAGAUUUGGCAGGAGACGUGUUUCUGAACCUAUGGAUACCACUUGAUAGAUUUGUCGGGUAUGAGAAUGUACUUGCAGGUAUGAAGCAUGGUAAGAGUUUCAAAGGUCAGCAAGAUUUUGAUGCGGGUAAAUCAAGAACAAAAGGAUAA